AUGCGGUCUGACACAUCCUCUUCUGACAACCAUUCUUCCUCUCCCGCUCUCCCUUCUUCCUCUGCGCAUCCUACACCGCUCGGCGCAGGAAGUUCGCAGCUGCCUCCAGCAGGCUCCGCGUCCUUCGCGUCUUCCUUCUCCUUCCCCUCUGUACCUUCUUCCCGCGGACUCUCUCCAGCACUCAUCGCCUCAGGGGCCCUCCAGCAGCAUCACCAAGCGGCUGCUGGGGCUGUGAUGUCUCUGCCUCUCCACCUACUCCGCCUCCAGCAGCAGAGUGCCUUGGCGAAGCAACAAGUCCUCACGGCUAGCGCUGCGUCGGCCACGGGAGGCACUGGAAGGCAGUCCGCCGCCGGCACCAGCGGCGCAAUUUGUGCCCUUCUCCAGCACGCGAGUCGCCUGCCUCAGCAACAAACCUCGCUGGCGGCGCUCCAGCAGAGACAGGCUCAUCAGACGCCCCCCGGAGGCGGGUGCGGCGCAGCCCCCGAGAAAGUCCACUGGGUUCAGUGCGACCGAUGCGACAAGUGGCGCGUGGCGCCGUUCGAAAUCAACGCGACGACUUGGGUGUGUGCCCAGAACACGUGGGAUCCGCGGUUCGCGUCGUGCAGCGCCCCGGAAGAGACCAAUGUCGAGGUGGAAGGCUCUGCUGACGACGGGCGAUCUGCGCUGCACGACGCCACCCGGCCCGAGGCCGCGUCGUCGCAGCCUGCGCAGCCAGGCCCCAGGGCAGGCUUGGCUGCAAACCCGCAGUUGACCCAGCAGCGGCUGCAGAAGCAAAACGCAGCGGUCGCUCCACUUCUGCCGGCGGGGGGACAAACCCCGGGAGGCGGGAAGGUCAAAGGCGGAGCCGGCGGAGGCCCCACCGUUGCAGCGAGUAAGUCGUGUGCGGCGCGAGGCAAGAAGAAGGCGAAGGCGAGCGCGGCGCCGGCUGUAUCAACACCUGGCGCCAAGACGGGAGCCGUCAGUCCGCGCGGGGCGGCUUCAGCGACAAAGAAGGGCCGGGGAGGCAACGCUCGGAAGGGAGUCCCUCUUCCGGGAGAGGCCGGGCGCCUUAAAGCAGAAGGCUUGUCGGCGCAGACCUCGCCUGCUGGGGGCGGUGUCGUGGACAUCAGCACGGCGGCGUCGGCGCUCAUGGCGGCGGGGCUCCCCUUCUCCGCGCUCCAGCAUGCACAGAGUCAGCACUUUCUGCAGCAUCCUCUGCUUUCCUCCGGUGCGCACCAAGGAACGGGAGCGAGCGCGGGGGGCCCCGUGGCCCCGGCUCUGCGGCCCGGGGAGACUCGCGCCGGCGCCGCGGGCUUCACGCCCCUGCAGCAGCAGCUGCUCCAGCACCAGCAGCUUCACAGCCAGCGCCUCUUGCAGCAGAUCCACUCGUACGCUCAGGUCUCUGCGCCGACGCUUCCCUUGGCUCUCGGCGCGCAGGCGAGCGGAGGGACGCAGCUGGUGCUCGAGCACUGGGUGCAGUGCGACGCAUGCAACAAGUGGCGCCGAGCUCCGACGGAAAUCAAGAGUGACAAGUGGUUCUGCUCCAUGAACACCUGGGCCCCGCAGUUCGCCUCCUGCGACGCCCCUGAAGAACCCGAUCCCGAAGCUGCAGACGUCGCAGAUGCACCCCAGAUGACUGCACAAAGCAAACCCGGCGCGAGCAACGCGGGGCUCCCAACAGGAAAGGACGAAGACGAGUCGGGCCGGGGAGCGGGGCGCGGGGCUCAGAAGCGGCAACGGAGCGCCUCUGUCCCUGGCGCUGGCGGCAGUGGCGGAGCGGGCGCUGCUGCUGGCAAGAGCGCGGCUGCGAAGCCGGGAGGAAAAGGGAAAGCGAAGGCAAAGACUGAGAAAGGAGACGGCACCGCUCUCGCCCACAGCGCCCCGUCCCUCGACGCCGACCAGGCAGACACUCGCGAGAACAAAGAAGAGACCGCUGCCGUCGACGCUUCCCUGUUCGAGGGUUCGAAGGCUCGACUGCCUAUCUCCUCUCUGCCCCACGGCACAACUCUCGCCCUGUCGUCGCGUGCCUCGGUCCUCGCUGGACAGCGCUUCCCCGCGUGCGCCCCAUUCGGCGUCAACCCCAUCCAGAACACGGCUCGCCCCCCAGCUGUCGCAUCUUCCGCUCUUCCUUCUGUGCCUUCCCUGUCUUCCCUGCCUCCGGCUCCUGUCCCUGGAUCGGGCCGCAGUGCGACUGCGGGCGGCUUCGCGGGGAGAACGCAGGACGGGAAACCGCUCAAGUGGCAAAGGUGCACGAGUUGCAGCAAGUGGCGCCGCGUGCCGGAGGAGGCGGUGUUCAAAAACGACCGCUUCUGCUGCUAUAUGAACGUCUGGUCGGCCGUGCAGGCGACGUGCACGGCGCCUCAGGAGCCCUGGCAGGCGCCUGCCGAGCUGCCGGUCCGCGCUGGAGCCGCUGCUGCCUCCCACGGCCCAGGCGAUCUCGCGCGAGACCAAGGGGAGGGCGUGACGAAGGGGCUGAAGGAAGGACUCCCGGAGGCGAUAGCGGCGCUCACGUCGCGAGCAGUGGCGGGCGAAACAAACUGUCACGUUGAAGCGGAAAGGACUGGGGCCCAAUCACGCACAUCCUCUUCUCUCCAGAAGACAAGCGAGCAAAACGCUGCGGGCGAACCCGCCGCAGCGGCCAGCGGAGCGGGGACGGAUCCUGCGCUCGGAUCUUUCUCGUUUCCUGCGAGUCAGCUGAACUCUCAACAGCGGCUUCAGCUGCUCCUCCAGCUGCAGACUGCAGGCGCAAGCUUGGGCGCUCUCAGCGAUCUCGCGGCCGAUCCUGUCGCCUCGCUCCUCUCCACCGAUGGGGCCUCUGUCGCGGACGCUCCAGGCGAGUCGUCGGAGCAGGCGAAGCCAGGCGCGUGCGAGGGCGCCGGAGACAGCCAGAAGGAAGACAAGAAGGAAGACGAGGCGGACAAGAAUGAAGAGGAGGGAGAUGAAGAUGAACAAAACGAAGCAGAGAGUGAUUCAAGCGACGAAGAAGGCGACGACGGGUCCUCGCAAGGCGGCAGCGGUGCGGCCGGAGGAAAAGGCAGCUCCAGCGGUGCGCACCCUUCUGGAGGCGAGCCUGCCGAGAAGCGAGGAGGAGGAGACGACAGAAAAGGAGGAAGCGCGAAAGCCGAGGGAGAGGAGCACGAUGAAGAGCAGGGGCUGAAGAGAACGGAGGAAGGAGACCCAGAGGAAGAGAAGGGAAACGCGAGAGAGAGAACUACACGAAUGCAGGGACUGCGCUCAGGCAGUAAAGAAAACGCCGCCUCACCAACUUUUCCACGUUCCCCGCCGACUGAGGACCAUGUGCAGCCCCUUCCUUUCUCUCCUCUUACUGCCAUUGCCUCUCCGCUGUCUCCUCCCUUGCGUUCCUCUCCUUCCUCUCUGGCUGCCUCGUGUAUGUUUUCUUCUUUGGGUUCUUCCACGACGUCCUUGCAGCUACCUUGUGGGCCACCGUCGCUGUGCUUGUCGCUUUCCCUGCCUCCGGAGGAAGGUGCGUGCGAAAGGAGAGACGCAGGCUCGCCUGUCGCCAGCUUCGAGGACGCGUCGGGUCCGUCUACGCCUUCGACUGAGGCGUCUGCAGCCUCCAGUCCUCGCGGGUUCCCGUUCGACUGGAGCCGAUGGAAAGUCGACUUCUCGUCCGCGGACGCGACUCCUUUGUCUCAGUCGAAAGACGCUGAGGGUGCCUGGUGUGCAUUUGAGGAAGAAGGGAAGGAACCCGACAGAGAAGAUCAGGGAACGGAGGCACGAGGGAAGGCAUCUUUGCAGUCUCGCAUGCUCUUCGCAUCUUGGUUCCCUGUCUCGUCUCCGCUGUCCUCGUCACGUCUUUCGCCAUCGCCACAUUCUCCUUCUCUCUCCCCUGCAAUGUCUCUCUUUCUUUCUUCUCCUCUUUCUUCUCGCUCUCUUUCUGUGCGCUCGUCUCUGUCGUCUCCUCGUUUUCCUCUCGUUUCCGUGUCAAGUCGUUUGCCCCCCGCGGCAGCUCUUCUGUCUCACCCCGAGGAGGGAAACGUUGAGAGGAGACAUGCCGAUUGCUUCUUUCCUGCUUGA